AUGACAGCACCGAAGGGCACUGCGCCGCCAUCGAAAGCCACUGACGCCGUCCUUGUUCAAUCAGAUCCAGUACCCGAGGAUGCCGUACAAGUCGGCGGCAUUGACUGGACUGCUUUACCAGCCGAGCAGCGCACCAUCAUUGCAAAUUUUGUCGGAAGCCUUUCGAAGCAAGGCUUUCAGUCAAGUUCGAUCGGAGAGGCGGUCGAUAUCAUCAAUGAUAUGCGGUCUUGGCGGGAUAGCGAAACAGGGCAGAAGACCACCAUAUUCCUAGGCUACACAUCAAAUAUGAUCUCGUCCGGCCUGCGCGACACCUUCCGCUACUUGGUCCAACAUCGCCAUGUUUCAGCGAUCGUGACAACGGCAGGCGGCGUCGAAGAAGACUUUAUCAAAUGCCUUGGCCAUACUUAUCACGGCUCCUUCUCGACCUCAGGCGCAGCCCUCCGCGCCAAAGGCAUGAAUCGAAUCGGCAACCUGAUUGUGCCUAACAGCAACUAUUGUGCCUUCGAGGACUGGAUCAUCCCGAUCCUCGAUAAAAUGCUCAACGAGCAGGAGGCCGAGUUCGAGCGCACCGGAGAACGCUUCAUGUGGACACCAAGCCGCCUCAUCCACCGUCUAGGAAAGGAGAUCAACAACGAGGACUCGGUCUACUAUUGGGCAUACAAAAACGACAUCCCUGUGUUCUGCCCUGCCAUAACUGAUGGCAGCCUCGGAGAUAUGCUUUACUUCCACACAUUCAAAGCAUCGCCACGGCAGCUCGCCAUUGACAUCGUGCAGGACAUCAGGAGAAUCAAUACUAUCUCGGUACGAGCGAAACGCGUCGGCUCAAUCAUCCUCGGUGGUGGUGUGGUGAAGCAUCAUAUCUCCAAUGCUUGUCUGAUGCGCAACGGAGCUGAGAGUGCGGUCUACAUAAACACAGCGCAGGAGUUCGACGGCAGCGAUGCCGGUGCUCGGCCUGAUGAGGCUGUCAGCUGGGGCAAGAUCAAGGCGGAUGCUAAGAGUGUCAAGGUCUACGUAGAAGCCACCGUCGCCUUCCCACUGAUCGUCGCCGCCACUUUUGCAAAUCCGAGCACAGCAGGCGUUACCAAUGGACAGCACUCUCAAAUCGAGUCGGCAGCCUCAAUACAGAAUGGCGGAAGAUGA